UGUAGUGCCUGACGGUGAACUAGCAGUUCACGCAGGCAUUGAUAACGUUCAUGUACACGACGGCGGCGCAGAAAUUGUCGAGGUACAGUUGGAUGACAACCGCGUGGAACUUCAUGUGGUUCAAGUGGAGGAUAACAAUGUGGAAGUUGUUGAGAUAUACGACAUUUCGAUGGAUGACAAUACAGUCCAUGUCGUUGAAGCACAGAUGGACGACAACAUUGUGGACGUUGUUGAAGUUCAGAUGGACGACGUCCGUCAGGACGUUCAAGACAUUGAGGAAGUCGAAGUCGUUGAUGUUCUACUGGCCGACGCACAGGAAGAACUUGAAUUAGCAAACGUAUUCAAUGACGUUUUACUUCAAGACGUCGAAGAAGAGUUGGAGCCUAUUCCACCCUGUGUACCGGUUGCAGAACCUAGGGCACCUGCGCCAAUGAGAGACCGUCAGGCAGGUGUUCAACACCCACUACCAGAACAACACAACAUUGGGACAUUGGAUGCGGUCUGCAGGGAUUGUCAGGCCCGUCACUUCAACUGUGAGCGCGCUUCUAAAGGCCACUUCUCCACGUGUUGUAACAACGGUCAGGUGACCGUUACAGGACAUCGUGUGUUGUUGAGAGCACCGGUAUUUAUAACUAAUUUGUUGAUCGCUGAUUCACAGGAAGCUAAAAACUAUCGAACUCACAUUCGCCGGUACAACAACUCUCUGGCAUUCGCUGCGUUCUCCAGUGACCUCAAUCCAAGACGGUUGACAGGUCGAGGACCAAACGUGUUCACUGUUCAUGGCCAAGUGUACCGCAGGACGAACAAUGAUGUCGUUGGAAACGGACGGGAACAACCGAGAUACUGCGAAUUGUAUUUCGUCGAUUCCGCUGAGGCCAACCAGGCCCGCUUGCGACAACAGCCAGUCCCAGGCCGUCUGUUGGAAGGUUUGCUUGCGGACUUAGACCAACUGCUUCGGGACAUCAAUCCAUAUGCUCUGGCUUUUAAUGGUACUUUCAAUAAACUCAAAAUGUGUGUGUAUAGGAACAUGCGUAGGCUGUGGUCGGAAGAAAGAAAUAGAGCCAAUGCCAACCCUGCUGUGGUGAAACCGAGGACGGUCACCAUGCAUUUUGUUUCGGAUGCGGCCAGGGAUCAGCGACGAUACCAGAUACCGACUGCUAACGAAGUUGCAGCCGUGUUCGUCGGUGACGAUGGUCGACCGCCUAGAGACCUCAAUCUGGUAAUAUAUGACAGGAAUACUGUUAAUCCUCAACACAGGAUGCAAACCAUAUCCGUGGGUUCGUGUCACGCGGAUCCCAUGUUGUAUCCGCUGUUGUUUCCGUGCGGAGAAAGUGGUUGGCAUUUCAACAUGAUGCAGGAGGGUAACCGCAACAACCGAGUUCGCGUUCGGAACACUAUCCGGGAGUUUGUGUGUUAUCGAAUGGCCAUUCGAUAUGCAGGAAACAACGAUACUAAUCACGAAUACAUGAGUUUGUUACAUGGUGGUGGUUUUUUGUUGCAGCAGUACAUUUGUGACCAGUACGUUCGAAUGGAAUCGAACAAUCUCAACUACGCCAGGAAAAAUCAGCGGGCACUCCUCGCUGAUGCGUAUCAGGGACUUGUGGACCACGUAAACCAACAGCACAACUUGGACGCGCCGGCCAACCCUAUGGCUGUCGGCCGUAGGGUCAUCUUACCUUCGACGUUCGUCGGGAGUCCACGUUACAUGAAAGGAUGUUAUCAUGAUGCAAUGGCCAUUGUGCGUAAGUACGGUAAACCUGACCUGUUUGUUACUUUUACGUGCAACCCUAGGUGGCCAGAAAUCACACAGAAUCUCGGAAGGUGGACUGCUCCGACUGACAGACCAGAUCUCAUUGCCAGGGUAUUCCACGCCAAACUCAAGGCCCUCAUGCAGGACAUUAUAGUCGACUCUGUGUUUGGUAAUGUAGACGCAUAUGUAUACACUGUUGAGUUUCAGAAACGCGGUCUACCGCACGCGCACAUACUAAUCAUCCUCAAGGAGGACAGUAAAUUGCUCACUGUAGAGGACGUGGACAACGUUGUGUGUGCCUUCUUGCCAGACCCGACAUCUGACAGGCGCCUAUUCGAUUGUGUGACGUCGCACAUGAUUCAUGGACCGUGUGGAACACUCAACGCCAACAGUCCGUGUAUGGUUGACAAAAAGUGUUCGAAGAGGUAUCCGAAAGAAUACAGCGACGAGACAGUAUAUGCCUCUAACAACGGUUACCCUACGUAUCGCCGACCCAACAAUGGCCCUGUGGCCCUUGUCAGACAACUGGAGGUCGGCAAUGAGUUUGUCGUCCCACACAACCCAUACCUUCUGGCCAAAUAUGAUGCACACAUCAAUGUGGAGGUGUGCUCAACAGUGAAGAGUGUCAUGUAUUUAUAUAAGUAUGUGUACAAAGGACAUGACGCGGCAACUAUGGAAGUAUGGGAUGGCGAUGAAAUAUCAAAUUACAUCAACUCACGAUACGUCAGCCCGCCAGAAGGGAUUUGGCGGUUGUUUUCAUAUAAGAUGCACAACAGAAGUCAUACGAUCGUUAGGCUUCCGGUCCACUUGGAAAAUCAACAGACCGUUUACUUCGCUCCGGGACAAGCCGAACGGCGAGUACACGACGAUGUUCAACGUCGUACAAAACUAACCGAGUUCUUCUCGCUCAACGCACACGACGCGGAAGCUAGACAGUAUCUGUACCACGAGAUAUCGGUCCAAUACACGUGGCAAGCGUCACAUAGAAGAUGGACGCGGAGGCGAAGGCAGAUGGGCAACGACACUUUGGCUCGGAUGUACGUGGUCAACCCUCUAGACCGAGACCGGUUCCACUUGCGAUUGCUGCUGUUGCACAAGAGAGGCCCACAGUCUUUCCGAGACAUGAGGACGGUCGACGGAGUAGUGUAUGAGAGCUACGCGGCUGCCGCCGUCGCGAUGGGACUCAUCGAAUCAGAUAGAGCGUGGUUGGCUUGCAUGGAAGAGUCUGCGUUGUUUGACACUCCUCGACAGUUGCGGUAUCUCUUCGUCACGAUACUGGUGAUGUGCCAUCCCGCAGAACCGUUGGCGCUCUACCAAACGAGCGAGGCCACCAUGAUGGAGGACUUCAAUCGGCGUUUCCAAGACGUUGACCGUAGCAGGGCGGCAAGUCUGGACGCCAUUGGAGACCUUCUUCGUGCGCACGGGAAAACGCUCGCCGAAUAUGGAUUGCCCAACCCGGACGUCGCUCUACUGGAACCCGAACCGGACGACCAACUGUUCGGGACAAUAGACGCGGCGGCGUUAUGGGCACGACGAGUGGACGACCUGAACGAUGAACAGCGGACGGUGUACGAUCGGGUGAUGGCGGCCGUCGACGACAACCGAAACGUCCAAAAGGUGUUCUACGUCGACGGACCCGGUGGAACGGGUAAAACGACGCUGUACGGAUGCCUCAUAUGGUCGCUUCGUAACCGGAGGCGGUCGGUAUUGUGCGUGGCAUUCACUGGGAUCGCGGCGUCGCUCAUGGACGGCGGCAUGACAGUGCAUUCAACGUUCGGGCUGCCGUUUGGUACACUCAACGACGACGAUACGUCCAGCAUCACCAUGCAGUCUAAACGCGCGCAAACGAUACGUGACGCGGCGCUUAUCGUCUGGGACGAAGUGCCCAUGUCACCGGGACCACAACUCGCGGUGGUCGAUCGCUUGCUCAGGGACAUCAUGGGAUCGGAAUCUCCGUUCGGCGGUAAACCGGUCCUGUUCGCGGGCGACUUCAGGCAAAUAUUGCCCGUCGUCCGCCGGGGAAGCAGGAGUGCCAUCGUCAUGUCGUCGAUUAAGCACAACUCUUUGUGGCAAAAGUCGGAAAAGUUUGAAUUGACGCGAAACAUGCGCGCCGGUAAUGAUGCGGACUUCGCGGAUUGGUUGCUCCUGCUCGGCAGCGGUCAAUUGCCAACGGUCGACGGUGUUCAAGACACCGUUGAAAUCCCACGGGAAAUGGUAUGUGAUGUUGUCGAAUUAAUUGAUUUUGUUUACCCGCAGCACAUGUCGUUGGCUAACGUUGACGAUUUUGCUCGGAAAAUUGUUCUAUGUCCCAAAAACGAGGAAUGCAGACAAAUCAAUCGUACGGUGCUACAGCGCAUUGAGGGCGCUGAGAGGACGUAUACUGCCAUAGACACCGUGGUGAUCGACGAUCCCGACGAGGAAGCCAAUUUUCCUACCGAGUUUCUCAACUCGCUGGAACUGAACGGACUGCCGCCGUUCAAAUUGACGCUCAGGGUGGGCGCCAUCGUCAUGUUGCUGAGGAAUCUUGAUCCAAAGAGAAAACUGUGCAACGGUACGAGGUUAGUGGUCACCGAACUCCGGCGACACAACUUCAGAGCGAGGGUGCUGUCUGGUGAUGGUGGUGCGCAAGACGACGUUAUCAUACCAGCGAUACCGAUGACUGCCGGUGGUGAGGACGACCUGCCUUUCAAAAUGAAACGGAUUCAGUUCCCGGUAAGGUUGUCGUUUGCGAUGACAAUCAACAAGUCUCAGGGUCAAACGUUCGACCGAGUUGGAUUGCUCCUACUGUCGCCGGUGUUCACUCACGGGCAACUGUACGUUGCAUUUUCCAGAGUCAGAAACGCUCAAUCUGUCAAAGUCGGGAUGUACGAUGAUGGUAACGGUCGAUUUGUCACAAAGAACAUUGUGUACAGGGAAGUUCUACUAACACGGUAGUAGGUAUUAGUGACGGUGAAAUUGUUCACAAAAAGAACAUAUCAGAUUUAAAAUAAAUUAAAUAUAGUAUUCUGUUCCUAAACAUCGCUUUAGUAUAGGUCACUCUUAAUUAUACAUUUUACUUCUGAUAUAUUUUUUUUGAGACUUUCUAGCCGGAGACUACAGUUUAUUUAUAUACAACUUGGUUGUAUACUGAUCAUGGGUCUUUGAUCCACCGGGCGAUGGCCAUUUGAAGUACCUAAUCCUUAGGGAUCCGUAUAUUCUUAGGUACUUCAUGUACAGUUGGGUUCUUUCUACAGUCAUGUAGCUGCUAUUCACUGUGCACUGUGGGGAGAAAGUUCGACAACCUCCACGUGGUUCUCUCUGGAUGCGAAUCAGCUACAAAGCGGAUUCGUAACUAAUAGUCGAACAAGUAUUUCAC